GUCGUUGCCAUUGCCGCGAGCUUUGCUCUGGCCCUCCCCGCCCAGGUCGAAGACCGCCAGGUCUAUACACCUUGUAGCGGUCUUUAUGGUAGCGCUCAGUGCUGCGCCACCGAUGUCCUUGGAGUUGCAGACCUUGACUGCGGUCUACCCCCCGCUGUCCCGACCAGCGCCGACAACUUCAGCGCCGUAUGCUCUGCCAUUGGCCAGCGUGCCCGUUGCUGUGUUCUGCCUAUCCUUGAUCAAGGUAUUCUCUGCAACACGCCGACCGGAGUU